UCCGCUCAGUGGAUGGGAAAUAAAGUUCAAUAAAAGGAACUCACCACCUCUGAAAGUGAUUAAUUACUUUGUCAACACGUCGCUGUAAACAAACAACUAUGCUGGCGCAGAUUGUUCUUCUACUUUCUUUGGCUGCCAUGGCAACAGCAGCUGAUGAUUGUCCUUCAGUGCCAAACUGCAGUCAAUACCCCCAGCAACUGCCCAUCUGCAACAGGGAAUAUAGGCCUGUAUGUGGUACAGAUGGAAUUACGUACCCAAACGAGUGCGUGCUGUGUGCGACUAUUUUUAAGGAAAAGCUCAACAUCAUAUUAAUCUCCAAAAAGGGUGAAUGCUGAGCCAGAUCCACUCAGUUUAUUUGGGAUGACGUGAAGGCUGGAACUAUGUGUGGCUUUUUACUGGGUGUUCAUCUCAAAAUGAAGAAUUUGUUCUUUUUUAAAAUAUUCAAAUCUUUAAAUAAACCCUUGAUGUACAAGUCAGUGUUUUGUUAUUUGAAUUCUGGUUAUUUGAACCUCUGGAAUAAUUAAACUAUGAGGUCUAAUAAAA